UCACUGACGUCACCGCGCCGGAAGUUCGUGAGGAAUAUCAAAAAAUGCAAAACUUUUUUUUUUUUUCUAAAUUUUGUUAGAAUUUUGUUAGAAUAGAGAAAUUAAUCAAAUAAACUGUUAACUGUUAUGAACAUAUCCAUACGGAAAGAAGCGACGCGCGUCACGUGACGUCCACGUUGGGCUUUUAAAACUCUUAAUUAUUGACUGUGUGUCAACAACACUUGAGCUUCACUCUCGUGUGCAGUUUCAAAGGUCUCUAGUCCAGCAGAAAAUAUCAUCAUGAGCGACUGGAGGAAAAUGAAUAAAGACGAGCUGGAGCAUCAGUUCUCUCCCAGCCGCUGGUCACAUAGGAUGUCCGCCGAUGACUUGAUCAGAGCCCAUGUGGCCGCUCUCAAAGCAGGCACAGAGAAAGCUCGGUCCGUCACUCAGACUUUGCUGGACGUCCCGUACAGUGAUGGUGAUGGAGAGAAGCUGGACGUCUAUGUUCCCAGCAGCUCUAGUCCAGACGUGCCGCUGGUCAUUUACUUUCACGGAGGAUACUGGCAGUUCCUCAGUAAGGAUGAGUCGGGGUUUCUGGCCGUGCCAUUGGUCCAGAGGGGCGUGGUUGUGGUCGCGGUGGGUUACAGCAUCGCUCCUAAAGGGAAUAUGGAUCUGAUGGUGUCUCAGGUGCGCAGGAGCGUGGUGUCGGUCAUUCAGCAGUAUUCUCACAUCAGUGGUCUUUACCUGUGUGGUCAUUCAGCAGGAGCUCACCUGGCCGCUAUGGUUCUGUCCACAGACUGGACACAAUAUGACAUAUCACCACAAAUCAAAGGUGCGUUUCUCGUCAGCGGCAUUUAUGACCUGCAGCCCAUUCUGUCCACCUACGUGAACGAGCCGCUGAAGAUGACCGAGGAAGUGGCGUUGAGGAACAGCCCCAGUCACUUCCUGCCACAGCUCAAGCUCUCGUCCGCUUCCUGUGACAUCAUCGUCGCUGUCGCGCAGAACGACUCGCCUGAGUUUCGCAAGCAAUCGGAGGAAUAUUUCAAAGCUUUGGAAUCUGCCGGUCUUAACGUCUCUUUUGAAGACGUUCCCAACACGGAUCACUUCAACAUUAUAGAGCAACUCGUCGAUGAAAAUUACCAUCUUACAAAGCUCCUACUAAAGAUGAUGGGGAAAAGUUGACGAUUGUCAGAUUACCCAGAAUGCACUGUGCUGGAACAGACCUGUGAGUUGAGCUCAACGAGACCUCACUCUUUGUCCAAUCAGACACUAGUAUUAAAUGUUUUACAUUAUUAUUAAGUUUCUACUGGGAGAAAAUGACUGUAAAUGUCUUUAAAUGGUUAUUUAAAUGUGUUUUAAAUGAAAGUGGCACAUAGAUGUGUCAUGAAUCAGUUUUUGAUUAUAUAAAAUCACAUAUAUAUACAGCAAAUUUUUAACAUUUAAAUGAUUCGAUUUGAUUGAUGGCACUGGAAACAACUCUCGCUCUGCACUGUUUAAGUCGCACAGAUGUAUUUGUUUUAGGGUUUAUUGAAUCGGCACAGAUUUCCCUGCUGGAUAAACCGGUUUAAACCAAUCUUGUUUGGUUUGUUGUUGGCUAAUCAAGCCGAAAGUCACUGGUUUACACAUUUUUAGCAAGUAAACUGUAUGUGAAUAUUGUGUUUGUGUUGUGUUUUGAAGCAUUUUCAGUUCAAUAAAAAGCUGAUAUGAA